CUCGCAUAUGUUGCCCUGAAGUGGCUAUAGAGCAAUACGUCAAACGGAACAAAUGCCGUCCGCGAAACCCUUCUCGGCCGCCGCAGGCAUGCUCCGAUCACGCCUGACCUCCACCCUCCGCCACCGCGGCGGCGACGGCCCCAGCCGCUGGAGCACCCCGGGCCACCAGGUCCGCCCCAACGGAUACUUCCUGAACCGCACACCUCCUCCACCAGGCCAGUCUCGCAAGUGGGAAGACUGGGAGCUUCCCUGUUACGUCACCAGCUUCUUAACCAUCGUCAUCCUCGGUGUCGGCCUCAACGCCAAGCCUGAUCUAACCCUGGAGACCUGGGCCCACCAGAAAGCCCUAGAACGGAUCGAGGCCAACAAACAGAUCGUUGCUGCCAGUGAUUCCGAAUGAUUCUGUGGUAAUUCCGCCUUAUGAAUUUUGUUUAUCAUAAUAAUGUUUGAUGAUUCGGCUGUCAAUUGUCGACUUACUUUCAAGUUUGAAAAUUAGGGCUUCAUUUGGACCACUUUUGAUAUCAUGUUAUUUGUUUAUGUGCAAGUUAUGUAAUGAAUGAUGAUUAUGAUGAUGAAUAUAUUUUCGAUUAACUGAA